AUGCACGAUGAUCGCGCUUUCCCAGCUACCAUCUCGCCUGUCUCCACGCCUGGUCCCGAGCAUCAUUCAGUGGACAGCAACGACCAGCCCAGCCCCCCAAAAUCUUCUGUUCCCCUGAAACGUUCCGUAUACGUCGUGUACUUGAUCCUGCUGUACGGAGCAGCAGCACUGUAUGCUUGGGUCGUCAUUUGCAUCCUCGUUCAGCGCCCCAUCGGUGGAAAGGGCUAUGGACCUGACGCGUCCGACAGCAUGCUCACUCACCCCGGUGAUGGGACCACCCUAACCGAGGACCUAGAUGCAUCCUUCUCCAGGAGCGAGAGAUAUCUCAGGGCAGCGAGGAUUGUCCAGUCGCUGGUGUCCGUGCUCACUAUCCCAUUAACAUCUACGGUAUGCUCGCAAGCCGCCGUAGUGUAUAUCCAGCAGAGGCGAGAGGACAACCAGCCAACCCUGAGACAAAGCAUGGCCCUAGCAGACAAGGGGUGGACUGACAUUGACCUCCUAACAAAACUCGUCUUUGGUGGUUGGACAAAGUAUAAGUCUGGGUUGCUACUCUUUGCCCUGUUUUUACAUCUUCUAGGUGCUGCUAUAUCGCCUAUACAGCAGCUUUUUCUCUCGUUCCACACGAUCAAGCGUGCCACCGGGCUUCCCGUUCACCUCACCUAUAUUACAGAUUUCACCGAUCUGUUUCCAAUGUCUGAUUGGUCAGGCGCUGACGAUGGACUCGAUGCAACCAAGCUGAGACUCACUCUAGCAUCCACGGUCAAUACUGAUAUACAGCCGAGACUCUGGUCCUCUAGUACGGGCACAGUCACUCUCGGCGAUAAAACUGGCGAAACGUCUUAUUCGCCAUUCCAGACAAAGUCCCAAAACACCCUCGCCAAUAUAACCACCAUAGCUGACCCCUUUUGGGCCCAGCUCCCCUCCGGUACCAACACUGGAUUAGUACGCCAGUUUGCUUCUCGCAUCAAUUCGACAGCCAUAUGGGAGAACAACUCAGCAGCCAUACUUCCCGAAGACUGCAACCCUUCGUCCGACGCAUUUUAUCUCCGCUACGAAUAUAACAGUUCAUUUUCAUAUACCGUCGAGAUAUGCAUGCCCGGCAACAUGUCACAAUCUCCGUGGAAAGACCAAAGAUCUCGACAAGACAUUAGCGAGGAGUUGUAUUUCAAAAUGAGCUUUUCCGAAGGCUUUGAGCCACAGGUCACCCCAGGAGAAUAUUCGACGAAGCUAAAACUCCACACCACAACGGGCUACUUCGAACUUCCGAACUACGAGAAUGGCCAGGUCCCUGGGCCGUUGAUCGAAAAUAGCCCCUUUGGAAAUAACUCACACAGUCUCACUACUCGUGAUCUAGACAGCGAUACAGCGUGGAAUACGCUCAACGCAACCACGAAUGUGAGCAAUGUCAAAAAUAAAGGCCCGCUUCUCAAUAUCGCCAUGGCACUUUUCGGAGAAGGGUCUUUCGCUGAUGUGCAACACACAGCCUUAGCAGCGUAUGCCAACUCGGGCAUCAUCUACCCUGGUUGUAUUGGCCUCGUUCCCUUCAUUACGCUUCUUGAUGUGACCUACCAUGAGUCGCCUACAUUUUACCCCUGUCUAAAGGGGACAUACCUUGAGAGUGAUGCCCGUAUUCAUCGGGAUAGCAAUGUCACGGUAUAUGCAGACAUUGCGAUGUACUUUUUGCUUUUCUCUGGGGUCUCGUCUGGGCCAUCUUCCGAACGAAUACAGAAUGCAUUCACCUCGGCGGCAUUUUUAGCCAACGACAUGUUGAUGAUGAACAACUUCCAAAAGCAGACGAUCGGUAUAUCCUACGAUAUGGGUGCCGAUGUACAAAAACCGGACAUUUCCCGUGGGGGAAUUAUCUUCGUCUCGAUAUUAUUAGGACUUUUCUUGAUUUGUCUUCUGGCAUUGGCCCUCUAUAGUGCGUGGGUUCCUCGAUGGACCAAGACUCUCGACUCUUUCGCAAUGCUGCGGAUCGGGGCGUCGAUAUCAGAAAAGACUCCUCUGCUUGCGACGCUACAUGUUGAGGGUAUCAAGUCUCUCGACGAGACACCCGGUUGGAUGGGGAACGCGUCCAAUGGUGAGAUAGGGGAACUUUGCCUAGGGGGAGAACGGCCACUCGCAAAGACGAUGUAUUAUGCCGGCUAUAACACCGAUCAUGGCGCUCAAGCAACAGCGACAACGAACCCCCCGGAGGCGAUCAGACGAAAGGGGAAACUGCCUAGCAGUCAUGCUCAUGAGCAACGACUUUGA